CUCUGUCAUUUUCCUAACAAUUAGUCAUUUCUUUCCUUCCCGAGACAAGUCCAAUAUAGGGGUAUUUUAGUCCUUUCAUGCAUGCAUACAUUCAUACCAAGACGAAAUACCUCUCCUCGCCGCUAACCGCCAUGUUUUCAGAGAUUUUCAGCACCAAAAACAAUACGCAUGUUAAUAACAUCUCUCCCUUUUGUUAAUUUUGACUCUCUCUCUCUACCCCCUAUUCCCCUUUAUAUAUAGUACUACUAGACUCUAAAUUAAAACCAUGCAUAUAUAUUUCUCUCUUUAUUUUUCUUGAGUGUUGAAUUUUUUUUUUAUUUUUUUUAUUUUUUUUAAAGAUGAAUGAUAAUAUGAGUGUGGAUAUGUUAGCAUCUGGUGGAACUCCAGUAGGGUCUAGGUGGAAUCCAACGAAUGAACAAAUUGAGUUGCUUGAGAGUUUAUACAGGCAAGGGAUAAGAACACCAAGUGCUGAGCAGAUACAACAGAUUACGGGGAGGCUAAGGGCUUUUGGUCACAUUGAGGGGAAGAAUGUGUUUUAUUGGUUUCAAAAUCAUAAGGCAAGGCAACGACAGAAACAGAAGCAAGAUAAAUUUGCUUAUUUCAAUGGCUUUCUUCAUCGGACUUCUGUUUUUCCACCACCUUGCCCAAAUGUUGGUUGCAGCCCUUAUUACGCACCACAAAGCAAUCUAGGGUUUUAUCAGCAGUAUCCAGUUCCCAGUCUUAUCCUCCCAGCUGGACCCGGCGGUUUCAAAAGGAGAGCAACUUAUGAUGCUACUGCUGCUUUAUACAUCAAUGCUACUACUACUCAUCCUCCAGAAAAUAACAGUGCAAAUGCAAAUAAGCAGUUUAAUCAAGAAACUUUAAAUCUUUUCCCGCUGCACCCAACUGGGGUUUUACAAGAAAAGACUACCAGCUCUUCUUCUUCUACUACUUCUGCACAUGAUCAGUCCUGUGUUGUUACUAGUUGUCCUUCAAAUUCAGUGGAAGCUGUAAACUGUUUUACUGAUCUUGGAAUUGGUGCUGCUGAUCAUCGUCCAGUGUUUAACGUCCUAUGUGGAAAGGGUCCUUGUUAG